AUGCCGAACGGGAAGAAAGGGACAACGCCUGCACGGCCGCGCAGAGAUGUGCUGGCCUCGUUGCGUAUGGCGUCAAUGGAGGAGAUCGCUCGAGCUUCGCUGCCUGCUGAGAUCAUGUCCUCGAUUCUAGACUACCUCGACCCCGUUGACCUUAUCCGUGCCGCCCAAUCAAGCAAGCUUCUACAUGAAAUGGCGUAUGAUGAUACCCGAUGGGUCCAGCGAUUGAAACGAAUUGGUUGCUGGGACGAGGCAGACGCUCGAAAGCAUAUUGAAGCAACUUAUGGGACCAUUGCCAAUCCGAACAUUGAAGAUGGAGAGGAUAUUCCUGCGGGUACUAGUGGCGCAGUUCCUGUCAUUGCUAUCGAGAAGGCUCCCUCGUCAGAUGUCAAGGAGCUCUCUGAUGGGUUCGACAAGAUUGAGCUGGUCAAUACAAACAUACCGCCCGAAUCAUCUACAACAGUCGAAGACGACCCGGACCUAGUGAUUUUGAAAACCGCCAAAUCCAUACGGGGCGAGGCGCGUCAGGAAUAUGGGAGGAUUCAUAGUGCUCUGGCGCCAUUCUACAACGACAUUGCGAAGAAAGGCCCUUCAAUGGAUAACUUGGUCUUCACCCAGUACAACGAUCAACAAGCACGGGCACAAAUGCUGUCGCAACUGGUGGCCUUUUCAAACUCUGAUAUGACUGAUGGCUGGCAAGAUCGGACGGACCGCCUACAGAGCACGAUGGCUAUGUUUGAAACCGCCGCGUUGAACGAGUUCCGAAAUGCAUACGAGGCAGACGAUAUUGAUGAAACUAUGCGCAAAUACGCUCACAUAUUAUGGACGCUCAACGGCGGUAAAGCAGCCGUCGAUCUUUUUAUACACCACAAUCACCUGAUGACACGCAAGACCGAGCUGGGAACAGUAGCGGACUGUAUUGAUGCCUCGGGAAAGGUGAAGAUGCAACAUACACAGGCGUUCUUUACACGACUGAGCGUUGCCUACAAUGAGGAAGUAACAAUCAUGAAUCGUGUGUUCCCUCCUGAGCUGGAUGUGGCAUCCCCCUUCAUGGAAAAGGUUGGGCAACAUGUGCUCUACCCAUUCCUUACGGCUAUCUUCGAUGAGCUGCAUCGCACAAAUAUGGAAUCUUACCUCACGGCCGUCUCGGUUACAUUUGUACAGUGCAUGAAUCUAUCCGAGUCACUUUUGCCAAUACGAAAUUCGGGCGACAAGUUUGAUCAGUACCUGGAUUCUGUCGUGAUCAAAAUCUAUGAGCCACACAUUGAUUUAUAUUUGGCGGAAGAACUUGACUUCUUCCGAAAAGGAUGCGAGGCCACAAUUGACGACUGGGAUCGCCAGCUUUCAGAGCAAGCUGCCUCGACCGAGUCAUUCCUCAUGUCCAAUGUCAACCGCCAGGCGGACAAGCGGGACUUCCUCACUUCGUUCAAAAAGGUGAUCAUGAUGCCCGUCAACAUUCUCCCGAGUUUCUCGGGUAACAAGGCCACCGGGGACUCCAAAGCCGAUUAUGAGGCAAAUCGCAGUAACCCAUCUGCUGCGAAGAGUCCCAAUCGAUUCUCCACCAUCGCUUCACCGGCCACACCAACACUAGAAGAGGCUCCUAGUACGGAAUUGGCAGCCAAGGCCGCCAUUAUGAAAACAAAGAUGGAAGGCAUCAAGUCCUUGUUCAGUAUUGAAAUUGCUCUGAAUCUCGUUCACUCGGCCAAGUCCAGUCUGGAGAGAGCCGCUCAAUUUGUCCGAUUGGGCGGAGAGUAUGGACGGGCUGCCAAGCAGCAGUGUGAGGCCAUCUUUGUGGCCCUUCUUCGUCUCUUGGGCCUUCGCCAUGUCAUUAUUGGCUUUGACAAAGCCGUGGACCAUCUCUCCAACUACCGCCCACGAGAGCAGGAAGAGCGUGAUUCUUCAGGGGUUGAGCCUCUGGUUACUUUCUUGGAGCUGGUGAACGUCGGUGAUCUGAUCCUACAAAUGGUGGACGUGUUCUAUGAACAGGAAUUGAUCGGCAUGAGAUUGACGGACCGAAACGAUUUCCUCGAUCCGGCCGUCAAGGAAAAGAAGAAGUUCGAGCAAAUGCUUGAUGAGCGUGUGGCAGCUGGGUUGAAUAAGGGUAUUGACGUGCUUAUGGAGGAAGUGGAUUAUAUUCUCGCCACACGACAGCUUGCCACGGAUUUCAAUCCAGGCGUCUCAUCGGAUCCCCAUCGACAGACCAUGGACGUGGGCAUCAGUCAAGCCGCCGCGGCCGUGGUGGAUGUGGUUUCGUCGCAUACUCAGAUGUUGGUGGGCAGCACCGACAAGAGCACUCUAGACGUCUUUAACCAAGAAGUCGGCCUGCGCCUGUUCACUGCCCUCUGCAAACAUCUGAAGCGACAGCGGAUCAGUGUUGAAGGAUCCCUAAAGCUGAUCAGCGACAUGAACCACUACUUCAAGUUCGUCCAAACGCUCAGAAAUAACGAGCUUCUCCUCUACUUCAAAGCCUUCCGUGAACUAGCCCAAAUCUACCUGAUUGACCCGUCUGAUGCUAAGGAACUGGCGACAAUUAUCGCCGACGCCGACCGGUUCUCCGGAAUCUGGCGAGUCGAGGAAGUCUCUGAAUUCGCGGAGCGCCGGGUUGACUGGUACCAAGUGAAAGGCGACGUGGAACGAGCCAUGUACGGCAUUGGAUGCAGCGUGAUGUAA